AUUUGUCCAAUUUGUAAAAGCGUAAUUUCGGAAGUUUAUGAAAUAUUUUCUGCAAAAUUAUAUAUCCGCGCAAUAUGACCGUAACAGAAAUUGGAAAAUCAAAAAAUACUAACAAAACUGCUGCCGAAGAAGAACAAAACGCCGCUCCCGACGAAAAAAAUGAUCAGGGAAAUGAAUCGAUAGAAGCUGUUGCAAAAACACCGGCCACAGAUGCCGACGCCAUCAAAACAAAUACUGAGUCGGGAGCAGCGAACAGUAAUUUGUCAGCCACAACAAACACACAAAACGAUUUGCAAAUAAAAACAGGUGAGGUUUAUCUCAUAAAACGCGCUGAUGGCAAUGUACAUCCUGCACAAAUUAUACAGUCGCGUCCUGGUGAAGUCGCAACCGCUAACUCUGCCAGCACUCCUGCAGAAUAUUAUGUGCACUAUGUCGGACUGAAUCGGCGUUUGGAUGAAUGGGUAUCGCGUGAUCGCAUAACCGAUGCAACAGAUGCAGAUACAGCAAGUGGACCUGCGAAUUCGACGGACGUUGCCGAUGGCAAUGGUGGUAAAACGAUAAAGCAGUUAAGUAAGGAACAAAUUGCCAAUUUGGAAAAUCCAAUGCCAAUGGAAAAUAGCGAUCGCAAACUGACACGCAACCAAAAGCGGCGACAUGACGAAAUUAAUCAUAUUCAAAAAACGUAUGCUGAAAUGGAUCCAACCACAGCGGCUUUGGAGAAAGAACAUGAAGCAAUUACAAAAGUCAAAUACAUUGAUAAAUUGCGCAUCGGACGCUUUGAAAUAGACACAUGGUAUUUUAGUCCUUAUCCUGAUGAAUACGGUAAAGUGGGUACACUGUAUGUGUGUGAGUAUUGUCUGAAAUACAUGCGUUUCCAAAAAACAUAUCGCUAUCACGCAUCCGAAUGUACACAACGGCAGCCACCCGGAAAUGAAAUUUAUCGUAAGGGGACUAUAUCAAUUUUUGAAAUUGAUGGCAAAGAACAUAAGCUCUACUGUCAAAUGCUAUGCCUAAUGGCAAAAUUAUUCUUGGAUCAUAAAACGCUAUACUAUGAUGUAGAGCCAUUUUACUUCUACGUACUUUGUGAAAUAGACAAACGCGGAGCGCACAUUGUCGGCUACUUUUCAAAAGAAAAGGAGUCGCCAGAAAACAAUAACGUGGCUUGCAUAUUAAUUCUGCCGCCAUAUCAGCGGAAAGGUUAUGGGAAAUUAUUAAUAGCUUUUAGCUAUGAGUUGUCACGACGCGAAGGUGUUGUUGGGAGUCCAGAAAAACCUCUUUCCGAUCUAGGACGUCUAAGCUACCGCAGUUAUUGGGCUUAUACAUUGCUCGAGUUAAUGAAAGAGUGUCGCACCACCACGCAAAGUAUUAAAGAACUGAGCGAGUUGAGUGGAAUAACCCAAGACGAUAUUAUCUACACAUUGCAAUCAAUGAAAAUGGUCAAAUACUGGAAAGGACAGCACGUUAUUUGUGUGACGCCAAAAACAGUAAUGGAACAUUUGCAAUUACCGCAAUUCAAAAAACCCACAUUGACAGUGGAUCCAGCUUAUUUACGUUGGGUGCCGCCAAAAAGAAAUACAACAGGAAAUGCUAAAUUUAAGAAAGUUACUUAAUUUUGUUGUAAUACAAAUUUAAGCCGUAUAAUAAAAAUUAGAUGUACACAAAUAUGAAAACUAA